CGAGCUCCGCCCGGCCCAGGAGAGGGACCCAGCUGAUCACCCCCCCGGCCCAUGAUGCACCGGGGCUGCGGCGGAGUCGGGGCGCACGUGGUUUCCUGGCGAGCGGGGAGCGCGGGGGGUGGCCCCGAGCUCCGGCCUGGUCGCCGCUCAGCGGAUGCUGCCGAUCUGCCGGCUGGGCGGGGCGCGCAUGGCGGGCUGGCUGCGGCGGGCUCCGGGCUCGCUGCGCGGCCUGCGGCGCCUGGCCCUGGGUUCGCCGGCCCCCAUAGGUAGGGGAGAUCAGCUACCCCACACUGACUUGAGAGUGACUGCAGAGGAGCAUGUGGAUGAAGAGAGGUAUUACCAGCUGUACCCAGGGCACAUCCCCACCAGCCCUCUGCAGAAAGCACUGCUGUCUGCUGGCUCAGCAUUUAUGGCUCUGUACAACCCUUACCGGCAUGAUAUGGUGGCAGUCCUUGGUGAGACAACUGGCUCUUCAGCCCUGCGGAGCCUGAGGGACAAAAUGAGACAUGACCCUGAAGGUUAUCAGAUCCUACAAGAGCGGCCUCGGAUCCGGCUCUCCACCCUGGACGUGACUGGGCUCCGGGGGCUUCCGGAUGGAACGUUUGGCCGAGAAUAUGUCCGGUUUUUGGACAGCAAUAGGGUUUCUCCAGACACCAGGAUGCCGGUCAAGUUUGUCGAUGACGAGGAGCUGGCCUAUGUGAUCCAGCGGUACCGUGAGGUCCAUGACCUGAUGCACACUCUCCUCGGCAUGCCCACCAACAUGCUUGGGGAGGUUGUGGUGAAGUGGUUCGAAGCUGUUCAGACUGGCCUGCCCAUGUGCAUUCUGGGAGCGGUGUUUGGCCCUGUUCGUCUCAACGCCCGGAAGCUGCAGAUCCUGACCACAGAGCUUAUUCCCUGGGCUGUUCAGAGCGGCCGCAAUGCCAGCUGUGUCCUGAAUUUCUACUAUGAGAACCGCUGGGAGCAGACGGUGGAGUCUCUGAGGGAGGAGAUUGGAAUCUUACAUCCCCCUGCUAUUUAUCAGACAAUCUGACGUGUAACCUCAUCCUUCGGAGGGGUCUGUUCUUUGUACGUUUGCAGCAGCUGGAAACAGAUCACGUGCGUGUGUGUAGCCUGCCUCCCCAGUGGAAUGCAGACACAGAGCAGGUGGUGUAUGUGCAUCUUCUACAGUGGUUGUGGUGGCAGAAUUACCUGCUCUGAUAGGGCUGCAUUGGUGCAAGUGGAAGCCAGACCUUGUCGCCAACAUACACACUGCUGAUAACCUGGGGUUUGGUCCUGGAUCAGCUCUUUUCAGGCAGUUGUUGGGAUUAAUCACUUCUCCCUGUGUUUGUAGUACAUAGCCACAGGCAGGGUGGGACACAGUGCCUAUGGAGUGCAGGGUGCCUUUGCAAACAUCAGUUUAAUCUUCACAACCCCCUGAGAGGUGGAUAUUAUCACCCCUGUUUUACAGGUGGGGUAACUGGGUGACAAAGAGGACAAGUGAUUUUACUAAGGUCCCCUAGCGAAUUAGAGGCAAAGCUGGGGCUUGAACCUGGGAAUCUAGAUUUCUAGCCCCCAUGCCCUACCCAUUAGACCACACUCCCUCCUCACAGAGCACACACCCUGCAGGCAGCGUUUUGGCUUUCCACAAUGGGAUGCAAAGAGCUUCCAAAAACAUUGGACGUGUCCCUCCAGCGAUGGACCCAGCACAGUGUCUGCCUCCCCCAUGUUCUCAGAGCACUGAGACCAGUGUGCUGUGGUCUAAGGCUUCCUGUUCUGUGAAUGGUGUCUGGAAGCCACUGCAGGCGGUUGUGAGGUCUUGCUCACAGUCUCAUGGUCCUUGCUGCAGUGCUCAGCUACCUGUGGUGAGAGCCAGGCAGAUGUAGAACUCCCUCCAGCAGCCUGGGGAGGCUAGUAAACACCUGCACCUGGCUCUUGUCCCUUCUGAGGCCACGAUCUGUUCUCCUCAUGCUCCCUCUUGUGUAUUGCAACCUCCUUCUCUUGUCUCUGUCCCUGCAGAAUGCGUCCCCCUUUCCCAUAGCGCUGCCCAAGCCUUCCUGCUACUUGAAUCAUGGCACUGACUGCGUCUCCCUUCUCCUUUUGGAAACGGCUGGCCCCGGGAGCUGACGCAUGGUCGGGUGUUUCUCACGGAGGCGGAAGGGGCACGGAAAGACAAUACUUACCUGCAGAGAGCUGGGCCCAGCCCUGCUGCCACCUGGUUAGGAAAUUCCAACUGUGCCCAGCCUCUCACCCUCCCCACCUCUGUCCUCAUGCCAGGAACCAGCAGAGGGGCUGGUGAGCCUGUUCCGCAGAGGAAGUUAGAACAGCGGGAUGAGAAGAUGGCCCAGAGCCGAGAAUGGCUGUGCACGGACAGGGAGUGUGACUCUCCCAUCCUGCUUGGGGAGCUGGGGGGCGGUGGGGGAUGCACUUUAAACAGUCAUUGGGGCAGGGGGAGUUAGUCUGGCCAGGUGCUGAUGGAGGGGCUAUCCCGCCUGCCUGCUUACCUUCCCACAGGGCCUGUGGGGGCAGGGUCAUCUCUUCAUCUACAGAGGUCUCCAUAACUCCAGCCCUGCCUCUCCUCUUCCUCCGCUCUUCACCCUCCUUCCAAACCUCACCCCGACCCCUCCCUUUGCCGUUUCACCCACUUCUAAAACUGUGUCAAAUGUCACACUGGAACCGCCUCCCAAAUCAGUGGAAAGGCCAAGCCUCGUCCCUACUUCUGUGAAGUCCCCCCCCCCCGCCCCCAAUACUCCUGUUCUAAUGGCCAGACCCCGAUCUGGGUCUCACCUGGUAUAAUCUUGUGGCCCUAGACCAGGGGUUCUCAAAACUGGGGGGGGUCACAAGGUUAUUACAUGGGGGGGGGGGUCAUGAGCUGUCAGCCUCCACCCCCCAAACCCCGCUUUGUCUCCAGCAAAUAGUGUUUGUUUUUAAUUUAUAAGUGGGGGUCACAGUCAUUGGUUUGCUAUGAAAGGGGUCACCAAUACAAACCACCCUAGACCAUAUGCUCUAAGGUGAGAGCCCUGUUAUCCGCUUGGCACCUGUCAAGAGACGUGGUAAGUCCAUUUAUCACAUAGCUCUGCAUGGAUCUCACUACCCUACCUGGAGGGUGUGUACAUCUAUUAUCUCAUCUAAGCAAACAAAACUGGGUUAACAUGGAGUUCGGGGUAUGUUUCUGAACUCCAUUCAUUGAUUAAAGAAAAAAAAGAGAGAGAAUAUAGUCAAUCCUGACCUUAAGGUUCUUAAAUGUUAUGACAUAACCACUGCAUCUUUCAUAAAUGACAGUUCAAUAAACUCACUUGUAAUCAAAGUACAUGUAGAAUCAGGAUUCUCCUUUCCUAUUGGCAUAAAAUCUGGGGCUUCUCCUGAAAGUCCCAGUGUAAAACUGGUGUAAGUAAAAAGAGAAUUUGGCCCAAGGUCUGUCUCUAUCAAUGGGUUCCCUUUUGAGGUGGCUGAAUGUUUACAGUAUGAAUCUAGUAGAACACAAAGAAAUGCUAUAAAACUUGUGCUGACUUUCAGGAAGGUGUCUGAUAGAUUGUAAGCUCUUUGGGUUGGGCUGAUAUUUAUGUGUUUGUACAGCUCCAAGCACCAUAAGAGCCUGAGCUGGGGGGGGGAGGGAUAG